AUGGUGGUCCGGCGGCGGCGCCCCUCUGAAAGGCGGAGAGGACGCGAAUCCCGGGCGGCGUCAGGCUCCAGCAGCGAUCGAACCCACCAGCUCCGCCCGCGGGGACUUCCGGGUCGCCACCCGCUUCCGGUCGCGCGGCCGCUCUCGCGAGAGGUGGUUGCCGUGGCGACCCGCGCCGCGCCCGCGUUUGUGAGUCAGCGGUGGCCGCGGGGGGCGGGGGCGGCGGCGGGCGCACCCAUGGGACUGUGCAAAAGCAAAGCCAAGCCCCGGAGAGGUGAGGAGCGGAAGAGGGCCCCCGCCCCCACUGUCCCGAAGUGCGAGGAGCGGCCGACCGAGGAGCCCGCUGACUGCCCGCACCCGGGGGCGGAGACUGCCGGGCCUCGAUGUUUUCUUCUUCUAGAGAAACCUGAUGCACAGCAAAAGUCAAGCAAGAAAAGUGUUCCAGAGAUCAUCAUCACUCAAGCCUCAAAUGAGACUCUUGUCACCUACAGUUCCACCGGAAGUAAAGAGCAGAGAACGAUUCGGGAACAGGCUGAGUGGGGCCCCUACCAUCGGCACAGGAAACCCAGUACAGUAGACGCCUAUAGUUUGGAUAUCAAAGAAUCAACAAGUGCCCCCGAGUAGCUGUCAUCAUUCACUGUGACAUGAGUCUCAGCCAUGAUGGCAGGAGGGCUUCCGUGCCCCAUGGAAAGCUGCAGGUGCCUCUUCUUCGGUGCAUAAGCUUCUGCCCCAGUGACCACCCUGGUCUUACCUUCCCCAGAGCCGCUGGCAGCUUGGUGGAAAGCAAGAGUGACUGGCUCAGAGAGUGAAGUCUAGUGUAAGCACCCCUGCUGGAACUGGCUGGCUGUGCAGAGUGGUGGGCAGAUAGCAGGUGGCAUCUUACACUCUGACUCAUGAUGGGCAGUUAAAAUCCUUUCCAUUCACUUCUGAAUGAGUACAGUCUAAGUACUUGGAAGUGAUAGAGAGUGAGAUGUCCCCCAAACUUAGGGAAAAGUUCAGAUUCUGUGGGGUAAACUUUUAAGGUGUAAUGUUCCAGAAGGGAGAGGUGCAAAGUCAUCUAACAGGGGCCCAAGGGCUCGUAGCUUGACUAUAAUCUAACCUAGUGUAUUAAAAGGCCUAGAAGAAGAAUGUGGAAUGUGUCCUGGUGGGGAUGGGGCUGCCAUGGCACUUACACUUUGAAAGUGGUCUUGUCAACACUGCCUUGUCCUUCGGUCUCAUAAACAAGGGUUCCAGAUAGUGAAGGGCCACUUGGGGGACCUGAGCACAAUGCUCUUGGACAACUUCUCAGCUGACUUCACCCUCACCAGCAACCCUUUGGGCAGGAUCCAGUGUUGCCAUUUGGUUUCAUGCAGUUAGUCUAGUGACAGCAUAUUGGUUUUGUUAGUUUCUAGACUGGCUCUGAGAUGUUCUGGCCUUGGUGGGCUGACUACCAGUGGCAUGUCCACCAGGAUCAUGGACACAACCUUCUCAAGUGCUGGGGUGAAGGGGCCUGCUUCCUGUCACAUAUGUAUAGUUUCUAAUACAUACAUAUACACA